UCGUACACUAGAAGAGGUCAGCGCAAGGUCCCUCAUCCACUUCUCAAACAAACAACCCAAUUUGGUCUGAACUUCCGUCCAGCAUCUCUGCGAUUAAAAGUUACGUUCGCCAUGGCUGCAGAAGCACAGAUCAAGAAGUCUGACAUGCCUGAGGAAAUGCAGAACGACGCCAUUACGAUAGCGACCGAGGCACUGGAAUCGAAAACAGCUCAGCAAGAUAUUGCGCUGCAUAUAAAGACAGCGUUUGAUGAGAAGCACACGCCCGUGUGGCACUGCAUCGUUGGGAAGAAUUUCGGAUCUUACGUGACGCAUGAAGAAAAACACUUUAUUUACUUUUUCCUCAAGGGCCAUGCCAUCCUGCUCUUCAAGGCAGGUUUCGCCAGCACAUGAACACUCUGAAAUGAAGAGAUGGCUAGUCUCCGCAAAAAAACGUGCAGCUGCGUGUUACGAUUGCAAGUGAUGUUCUGUCAUGGAG